UGAAGAGAGUGUUUGUCAUUGACUGACAAGUUAUUGAGAUCGAGUUUGACUGAUUAGGCUCCCAUAAAGCACCUGAAAUGGUAACCGUUUGAAGAAGGCUUUAAAGAAGAUUUCUAGUCAAUGUGCACAGUUACCAACUUUGUAAAGAAUUCAUAAUCUGGAUGAAAAUUUCACUUAUCAUGCUCAGAAAGUGAAAUGAAAUAUGAUUGCGUGGAUUAUAGUUAAUUGCCUUUAAAAUUCGUGUUCAGAAUUAAAAUUAUUUGUGAAUAACUGGAUUGUCUGAGAGAGAUACAUACAUUUAUGGAACUUUCUUUGCCUGGAAAUUAGUUGGAUGUCUUAAGUGAAAGUUUUGUUUUAUAUAUAUAUAUAUAUACUUAUGUUUCAUAUCACUUUGAUGGGCUUUAACAAGUUUGGGAACAAACCGCUCCAUCAUAAUUUUGUGUGAAAUUCCAGUUGUGUGGUGUACAGAUAUAUAUAUAUUUUACGAUUCCAGUAAAAGUAAAUGACCUACAAUUUUUAUGUGAAUCAUACCACACAGCUAGGUAUAAGUAAGUUAUAAAAUUAAAGCCAUUUCUCAGAGGAGGUGUGUUUGCUGGGAAAAGAACGGCUAUAUUCCUUAAUGAAUUGUUCUAGUGGACCCACAGGUGUGUAAAACAGAAUACACAUCUUAUCUGUCAGAAGCAGCAAGUGACAGGGAAAACUUCCGACUCUUGUAAAGCGAAGGGAUUACUUUCCAAAAAGUGGGAUUUGUAAAACUUAGUUUUGGUCAAUUGGCUCUUUAGAAAGUGGUGGUAAACAUCUUGAUUUGUGGUAUUUUGGGUAGGCUCUCUAUAAUCUCGGCUCUGACUGACUUCGUGCGGUACACAGGAUUUUAAUAGGAGGGAUUAACAGAAGUCGUCAGCCAUUCAUUCUUCAAUUCAUUUGGAACGGUCCAUCAAAUGGCAGGAUAUUUAAAACGCGUGUGCCCUCAGUUUGAUUUAGAUCUAAUCUAUCAUGCAACAUGUGAUUAACUAAUUAGAUAUUUAAUCUGCAUCUUAAGAAAAUAUUUUUAAAGGAAUUGUGAAGGAUUGUUUUAAUACACAUAGUGUACGUUCCUAAGGCUCUCAUUGGAAGUCCUUGGAAAUAUAUUUUGCACGAAGAAAAAUUUUUCCGGAGAAAAACAGCAAGAUUCCAGAAGAUAAUUCUUUUAGUAGGAAUGCAGUUGAGGUGAAGCUGUCUUCACUUAGUGUACUAAUAGUUUGUGGAACUUUGAAGAGAGUGAAAGUGUCAAUAUACCUUUAACAAGUGUUUGAUUUCUCACCAUUUGUAACAAUGAGACAGACUAUACCGGUAAACCCAAACAGUGAGGAAAUGCCAUCUGUUGGUGUUUCAUUGACAGAACACCAAUACAACGAAGCACAGAAGCUGUAUAUACUGGGAGCUAAGCUGGAUAACUUCCGCACUAUUGGGCCUUGGCAUUCUGUAGAGGCCAAAUACUUGGAUAAUCUGUGUUACCGUCUUGCUUCUCCCACUCCGCGACCGUGCAGUCGGAAACACGACGAGGGAGCCUGGGCAGCCGAAGAUCAAGCCUUCAUGGAUUAUCCUCGACCCGUUUCCUCUAUCAAGAGUGCCCCACCAGGAAGUGGAAGAUCCAGGAUGUCACCCUCAGCAAAGAGUAAAUAUUCAGGGUAUUCUCUACCCACGGUGAGGGAAGGGCACAGACAGGGGAAGGAAGGAAAGAGAACUAACUCCAAAAUUUCCACGGAGGAUAUUGAUCGUAUUGUCUACAGAGUAACCAAACCCACUGUGGCCAGCAGGGGUGGCGUAGAUAUCGCGGAGAAGUAUGAGAAUAAGGAUUACGUGUAUGGAUCUAGAACUGUGUCUGAGGAGGAUCUGAAUCAUAUCGUGAAUCGAGUCACGCGUCCCACUGUCGCCAGCACUGGAGGGGCAGGGAAGCAGAGAAAAUACACAGACUUUGUCUACGGUGAUAAGAAAGUAAAUGGGGAUGAAUUCGAUAGCAUUAUUAAUCGGCUGACCAAGCACACAGUAGCUAGUCGAGGAGGGGUGGAUAUCGCUGACAAGAUGCCGGUAGAAUAUAAACCUCCCCCGAUCACCAAGACCAACCCAGUGGUCCCGGGGCUUAGAACGAAACAAGCUGCCCUGCUGAAAAAGAGAGUAAAUACGGAGGAACUGGACCAGAUUGUGAGCCGCCUGAAUGUUCUUACGCCUGCAUAUAAAGCUAAGUACAGUCCUAGUCCUCACGUCUGGAUAGAUGAUGCCAAAGUGGGGCCCGCCUUCCAGCGCCAGGUGAUGGUAUCCUAAGCCUGGUCUAGCAGGUCAAUUUUGGAUUUUCUAGCAACUUAGCAGAAGACACACAUUUUCAAAAAAGUUGAUUUUGAAAAAAAGUAUAGGGCACAAGCAUCAUCCACAACCAAAUUUAAUACAGAUAACACUUAUCCUACUACACAGAACACCAGCUGUGGACAACCUCCCUUGUGUGAGAAACUGUGAAAAGAAUGGCAUUUUCAUUGACUUUUGAAUGACUAAUGUUUAAGAACACUUGCUACAAACAAAAACUGAGAUGCAUGGGUUGACAUACAAUUUUUGGGUUCAUUCUGGUGUGGUGAUUGUUCCUCCCUAUAUAACUCUAUACAAAAUUUGUCAACAUGAUUGAGAAAUCAUGGGCAAAAAUUCAAUUCCAAAUGGUGAAAUUAAUUUCCUCCUACAUGUAUAAACAUGGAUUUAGUGUCCAUUUUCAUCAUUUUUUAUAAAAAAGAUUUGUUUGUAGCUCAUUGUCAUUAGAAUGUUGCAUGAUGAUGAUGUCACAGCUCUGUAAAACAGAUUUUAUUUGCUUUGAAGCAUUUGGUUUCUCAUACGUAAUAGCUUUUAAUUUUACCAGUCUGAUGAAGUCGGAGGAUAAAAUCUUGGUUUUGUGGGAUGUUUAAUGGGGAAAAAAUGCACCUUCUUUUAAAAACACACACCAUGAAUGCAAUAUUGUAUGUGACAAAGUGAUAUUACUAUACCAGUAAUAGUUUAUUCCACCAUCUGUUUUGGUUCUCAAAGUCAUUCUAAGAGUUGAGAGAUUUAAUGAGCACUCCCAUUUUGCAAUUAUCUGAGUGCCCUAGGUGCUUAUUAGGAGGAAUAUGAUAUGAAGAAGCAUGUAUUGGAUUACUUAGCUAAGAUGAAAGCAAUAUUUCGUGAUCAGAUGGACUUAUUCAUACUUUAUAAGUCGCUUUUCUUUUUAAUUUAACCCAUGUACGUGAUUCUGUGUAUGGAAUUUGCAAUUGUACCUUAGUCUGUAUAAAAUUUAAGUUCAGAUUGUCAAUAUAUGUAUACAAGUAUUAUCUUUAUUAACUUCUUCAUUAUGUAUCCUAUCUACAGCUUUAUAUGUAUUAUCUUUGAAAAAUAAAUGAUACCUGCAGAAA